AUGCAAGAUUCUACUCUACCUAUCGGUCACUUCUCUUCUCGCCUUGUAUUUGCAGUUUCUAUUGGCUGUAUUAAUGGGUAUGAGUCUGUUUCUCUCUCGGUUUGUUCAUUGUUUAUCAGUCUCUCUUGGCUUGUUCAUUGUUCAUCUGUUUCUCUCUGGGCUUGUCCAUUAUCAAUCUGUUAUCUGUUUUUCACUCAGUUUGCUCAUUGUACAUUUGUUUCUCUCUCAGAUUGUUUAUUGUCCAUCAGUUUAACUCUUGGCUUGUUCACUGUCCAUCUGUUAGUCUCUCGGUUUGUUCUUUGUCCAUCUGUUUCUUUCUCGGCUCAUUCUUUGUCCAUCUGUUUCUUUCUUGGCUCAUUCUUUGUCCAUCUGUUUCUUUCUCAGCUCAUUCUUUGUCCAUCUGUUUCUUUCUUUGCUCAUUCUUUUGUCCAUCUGUUUCUUUUUGUCCAUCUGUUUCUUUCUCUGCUCAUUCUUUGUCCAUCUGUUUUUUUCGGCUCAUUCUUUGUCCAUCUGUUUCUUUCUCGGCUCAUUCUUUGUCCAUCUGUUUCUUUCUCGGCUCAUUCUUUGUCCAUCUGUUUCUUUCUUGGCUCAUUCUUUGUCCAUCUGUUUCUUUCUUGGCUCAUUCUUUGUCCAUCUGUUUCUUUCUCAGCUCAUUCUUUGUCCAUCUGUUUCUUUCUCGGCUCAUUCUUUGUCCAUCUGUUUCUUUCUCGGCUCAUUCUUUGUCCAUCUGUUUCUUUCUCGGCUCAUUCUUUGUCCAUCUGUUUCUUUCUCAGCUCAUUCUUUGUCCAUCUGUUUCUUUCUCGGCUCAUUCAUCGUAAAUCUGUUUCUCUCUCGGCUCAUUCAUCCUCAUUCAUCGUAAAUCUGUUUCUCUCUCAGCUUGUUUAUUGUCCAUCCAUCUCACUUGCUUUCUUCAUUGUCCAUCUUUCUGGGCUUGUUCAUUGUCCAUCUGUUAUCUGUUUUUCACUCAAUUUGCUCAUUGUACAUUUGUUUCUCUCUCUUAUUGUUUAUUGUCCAUCUCUUAGUCUCUUUUCUCAUUCACUGUCCAUCUUUUUCUCUCUUUGUUCAUUCACUGUCCAUCUGUUUCUCUCUUGGCUCAUUCUUUGUAAAUCUUUUGCUCAUAGUACAUUUGUUUCUCUCUCUUAUUGUUUAUUGUCCACCAGUUACACUCUCGGCUUGUUCAUUGUCCACCAGUUACACUCUCGGCUUGUUCAUUGUCCAUCAGUUACACUCUCGGCUUGUUCAUUGUCCAUCAGUUACACUCUCGGCUUGUUCAUUGUCCAUCUGUUUCUCUUGGUUUCUUCAUUGUCCAUCUGUUUCUCUCAUGGCUUGUUCAUUGUCCAUCUGUUUUUCACCGAGUUUCCUCAUUGUACAUUUUUUUUCUAUCUCUUGGCUCGUUCACUGUCCAUCUGUCUCUCUCAGCUUGUUCAUUGUCCAUCUCUUUAUACUUUGGAACUAUUUUUCAUUCUUAAACAAUUUAUCUAUUCUUCCUAUGUUUGUUGUCUUUUUUUUAAUUUUUCACUUAUUCUACCUUCUUUAGGCUCAUUUUUUUCUAUUUUACCAUAUGUUCUUUUUCUGUAUUUUUGCUUCCUUCUCUUUUUCUUUAUUUUCCUUUUUUUCUGUAUUUUUUCUUUCAUCUUGUUUUUCUUAUUUUUCCUUCUUUCCAUUUUUUAUUUUCCUUCUUUAUCUAUAUUUUUCGUUCUGUUUUUUCCUUUUUAUUUUUCUUUAUUUUUCCUUUUUAUUUUUCUUUAUUUUUCCUUUUUAUUUUUCUUUAUUUUUCUUUUUUAUUUUUCUUUAUUUUUCCUUUUUAUUUUUCUUUAUUUUUCCUUUUUAUUUUUCUUUAUUUUUCCUUUUUAUUUUUUUCUUUUCUUUUCUCUUUUUCUUAGCUUUUCCUUUCUCAUUUCUUUGUUUUUCUUCCUUCCUUUUUUCUUUAUUUUCCCUUCUUUUUCUUUAUUUUUUCUUCAUUCUCUUUUCCUUUAUUCUUUGUUUUUCUCCUUUUCUUCAUGUUUUCAUUCUUUAUCCAUUUCUUCUUUUGUUUUCUUUCUUUUAUCUAUGUAUAUUUUUCGGCUUCUAUUUUUUCUUUCCACUCUUUACUCCAUUUUAUUUUACCUUUUUUUCUUCUCAUUAUUCUCUCCUCCUCCUCUCCUGACUUACUUUUCUUUGCUCUUUUUAUAUCUUUUAUUUUUUACACUUUCUUUUCCUUUUUCCUUUUCUCUAUGUUUUUCUCUUUUUCUCUUUUUUAGUCAGUUCACAUCUCAUUUUUUUCUCUUUCAUUUAUUUUUUCAAAAAUACUUUUUCUUUUUUAUUAACUUUCUUUCUUUACUGCUUUGA